GCGUCACGCGUCGGUUUCGUGUUCGGCGCGCCGUGUGUUCGCCUGUGACCAGCUCAUUGAUUGGUCGGACCGCGGCCCGGUGGUGACGGAGCGACCGGUGCGCCGAUCGGCCCGAGGUGCGGUGACGGAGUCGGCGGGACGUGGCCAGAAGUUAGCGCGGCCCACAGCUGUGAUUGAAUGGGAGAUUGUCGGAUUGAAGAGAGGUUAUAACGACCGUCAAGAGAACUUGCUGACGUCUGGAGCAAAGUGCACCACGUGAUGAAAUUACCAGGUGGCGGUUGUCGAUAAGACAAAUAUUUCCUUCGAAUAAGGUGGAUUUUCAAGCAUCAGGAAAACGAUUCGAGCAGACAAGCCAUUGAAGAGGAUCUAACCGAACUGGACCGAAUUGAAACCGAACAAAUUCGAACUGGAUCCAAGAGCGUAAUUGUUGGAUUGCGCUGGAGCCCAAGACCUCGGAAAUGUCGCGUCGGAGCUCUUCAAUCCAGCCUGUUUUGGAGGAGGACCCUGCCAACGGCCACCACCUGCGGCCCUACUCAUCCGUACGCAUCAGGAGCGACUCCAUCCAGGCCAAUAACAGCGGCGACAAUGGCCUGUGCGGUGUGCUACUGACGCUGAUCUCAUGGUUACUGGUCCUGUGCACCCUGCCCUUCUCGCUCUGCGUCUGCUUCCGGGUGGUGCAGGAAUAUGAACGGGCGGUCAUUUUCCGACUGGGACGGCUGCUAUCCGGUGGCGCCAGAGGCCCAGGAAUAUUCUUCAUCUUGCCAUGCAUCGAGAACUACACCAAGAUCGACAUGCGCACGUCCGUGUUCGACGUACCUCCGCAAGAGGUACUGACCAAGGACAGCGUGACCGUUUCGGUGGACGCCGUCGUCUACUACCGGGUCAGCAACGCCACCAUCAGCGUGGCCAACGUGGAGAACGCCCACCACUCGACCCGCCUGCUCGCCCAGACCACGCUGCGCAACAUGCUCGGAACCAAGAACCUUCAUGAGAUCCUCGGAGACCGGGACGGAAUAUCAGCCUCGAUGCAGAACUCUCUUGACAGCGCCACGGACAACUGGGGAAUCAAGGUCGAGCGUGUCGAAGUGAAGGACGUCCGUCUGCCGGUGCAGCUGCAGCGCGCCAUGGCCGCCGAGGCCGAGGCCGCCCGUGAGGCCCGCGCCAAGGUGAUCGCUGCGGAGGGAGAGAGCAAGGCGUCGCGCGCGCUGAAGGAGGCGGCCGAUGUGAUGAAGGAGUCGCCGUCGGCCCUGCAGCUGCGCUACCUGCAGACACUGAACUCGAUAUCGGCUGAGAAGAACUCGACAAUCAUCUUCCCGCUGCCUAUCGACUUUAUGUCGCAGUUCGUCAACAAGUAGCGGCGUCGGGCACCCCAGACCCCGACCCGACCCGCUGACGUCACACAUCGUGACGUCACAGGGCGUCGCAAGUGACGUCACCGCGAUGGCGUAGGAUGCCGCAAUAUGGCAGAGCAGCAGCGUUGUGACCCCGCGCUGCAGACGGUCCGUUUUUGGGAGCGGACCGCGUGUCCGUGCGGCAGCGACAGAUGUCGAUUUGUACCGUCACCAGCCACCUCACGCUCGGCCCAUAAUGGGCCCUCGAGUCCCACGGGGCCCACCAGGUCCCACCGGGACUCAGCAGACCCCACCGGGGUCCCGGGGCCCGCGCACGGUCCCCCGACGGACCCACGUACGGCGGCACACGCACACGCCACAGUGUCUGUGCUAUUCGUGGUGUCACAUGUGUUGUUCGCCGGAUGUGCUAUUCGAGUCAGGCGCUGAGCCUUCGAAACGAGCGGCCACAUCAUGUCCGUUAAUCAGUAGAUGACGUAGAUUUUGUGAUCGACGCGGGCUGCGCUUCAGGAGUUUACCGACAGUAUUGUUUUAUUGAAUGUCUGCUCUGAAAUCUAUGAUAGUUUUUGUAUCUAUUUAUGGGUUGUUGUAUGCGGCAAAUGAGACAUUAUGUAUGUGUUCAAGUGGAGGUAUGUUUAUUGAAGAUGCCGAACGUAUGGU